AUGUCUGCUGCAACCACGUUGACCACGCCCGACUGGGUUGCUCAGCUGCGGUCGCCACCCGCCGCCAAAUCCAAGGUUCCAGGCAUCCCCGACCCGGUUGGCUUCUCUCCCAGUCUUUCCGGCCCCAAGAAACAUGGCAAGGAUGGUAAAAGUCAGCCCCGAAAAGCACCGUCCGGCGACGAAAUGGAAACACUCAAGGUCAAGAAGGCUUGGGAGGUUGCACUUGCACCAGUCAAGGCUCUUCCCAUGACCGCCAUCAUGAUGUACAUGUCGGGAAACUCGUUGCAAAUCUUCAGCAUAAUGAUGGUGUUUAUGGCGUUUAAAAACCCCAUCGCAGGUUUGAUGGCCACGAAUCAGGCCUUUGAGCGAUUUCAGUCCGAGAAGAACGCCGCUCAGAUUAUGCAAACAAAGCUGGUGUACAUCGCGAUGCAGCUGGUUGCGUUAGGUGUUGGUGUUUGGAAGGUGAAUUCCAUGGGACUCUUGCCCACGACAAGAUCAGACUGGCUAAUGUGGGAGUCGUUGCGGGAAUCUGUGGACACGGUCAUCACGGCGCUGUGA